AUGGGAUCAUCAGGUUUUUGCUCGAUAUGCUUAAUCUACUCUGUAGUGGCUUUAAGUUGUGGAACCCUAAUGAUGUUCUAUAGCCAUGAGGUUUUUGCAUUUAGCCAUGGCAAUGAAACUGCAAUUAAGCUAUUGGGAUCAACACCCCAUGACCAAUUGUUGAUCAAAACCUCUGAUUCGUUCUCGGGUCUGCUUUUAUUUGCUGUUGGAAUUCUCUUGUUCAUGGUCGCAUUUGUGAAAGAUAGGGAUUUUCAGAGCUUUUUUGCUAAAGGGUGUGUUCUUCUUCAUAUUGCGAUGGCAGUUUGGAGAAUAUAUUUUGAGAGGAAGCUUGAAGAGCUUGGUCGUGAUUGGCUCAGGCUUGUUCUAGGUGAUUUUGUUUUGGCACUUUCAUGGGUGUUGUUUCUUGUGUACAGUUGGAGAGAAAAAUAUGAUUAG